CCGCGGCCCUCCAGAUGCAGGCGGGCGGCUCGCAGGCAGGCCCCUCCUCUCGAGAGGAGCCCGCGGGCCGGCCCUCCGGGAAGAAGGCAAGUGUCCCGAUGGAGGAGGAGCUUAGGGGCCGGUCGUGGGCCACGCCGCCCGACAGAGUUUCGGGCAGGAAGCGCGACGGCGCGGAGCUCGCGCGCUGCUCGGGCUUCUGGAGCGCCGAGGGGGAGCGCGCAGAGGCGGCUGCGUCGGGCAGCGCCGCGGGCGAACGACCCUCCAAGUCUCCCCGUCGGGACGGGGAGACGGCGCUCGUGCACCCCCGCGCAGAGCUGGACGAUCUGCAGAGGGGCCUCGUGCGGCAGUUCGUGAGCACCAUCGACGCCAACGAGGAGUCGAUCGUCAUCACAAACCCGCGCGCCCAGGGCAACCCCAUCGUCUGGGUCACCCGGCCGUGGCAGGACAUGUGCGGCUUCACGUACGGCGAGGCGGUGGGCCGCAACCCGCGCCUCACGCAGGGAGAGAGAUCCGACCCGGCCGUCGUGUCGGCCAUCUCUGGCGCGCUCAAGCAGGAGCGGCCGUGCAAGGUCGCAAUGGUUAACUACCGCGGCGGCGAGGGCGGGCCAGCCUUUUGGAACAUGCUCUCCAUCUCGCCGCUGCUGCACCGCGGCCAGCUGCAGCUCUACAUCGCCAACCUGCAGGACUAUAGCUAGGCCAGAUGGUGUCGCUCACACCGUCGCAGUUCUGCCGCGCGGCGCUGCACUACCGCCGCGGGCGCCGCCUCGAUGCGCCCCUCACCUCGCUCUCGCUCGCCAAGCCCGCAAUCUACGAGGCGGACGGCGAGCACCCCCUGCAGCCGGCGCCUGAGCCGCCACCGGCGCAGCCGAUGAUGCGGCGGCUCGGCUGGAAUAAGCUUGUGCUCGAGCCGGAGCACCUCGCUGACCGCGUGGGCGACGCCUUGUCCCGGAUCGACGCGCAGUACGAGCUCGCAGAGCGGCUUGCGAGUGGCGAGAGCGUCGUCGUCUCCGCGCGCAGUGGCGACGUGGCGAUGCGAGUGCUCGUCUCCGAGGAGGCGGACGGGCACUACUCCAUCUCGUGCACGCGCCUCUCGGGCGACACAUUCUCGUACCACGCCGCUUUCCGCCAGUUCAAAGCGGCGUUGGGUGAGGCGCUCACGCAGCACCCGCUGCAGUCGCGCGGUUUCGUGACGCCGCCGACCGGCGCGGCCCGCGGCGCGCUGCCUUUGGCGCGCGCACUUCCCGCCCUCACGGCUCCAUGAACAAUUUGGCCUCUUCCGAUCGUGUGAUUGAGCUUGGCCUCUUCCAUUAUUGCGCCGCGCCAGCCGACGCGGGCGAGGAGUUGCACCGCGGCGCUCCGCCCCUGCAGAGUGCAUUUACCCUCGCGAUCGUCGGCUGCGUGGCGCCCACGAGGCGGCGCAUGGGCCGCCCGGCCCGCCCAGUACACACGAACACACGAUGUUUUGCUUCGAUGGUCUGUUUCGUCCUUGCCCCCUCUCUGUUGAUUGUGCGUCUGUCUGCGGAGCGUGCGCUACUAGAGCUUUUAUGGUCGCACUCCGUC